GGAGUGGUGGUUUCGAAGUGAAUCAUGGCCUCUAAACCAGGACUCCUUACUGAUUGGCCAUGGAAGCCUCUUGGAAGCUUCAAGUACCUGGUGUUGGCUCCUUGGGUGGUCCACAGCACUUACGUAUUUGUCAACAGUAAUGGAAGAGAGAGAGACAUGUCCACGUUCCUGAUAUUUCCGUUUCUGUUAUGGAGGAUGGUCCACAGCCAAAUUUGGAUAACUCUGUCUCGGUACCGCAACGCCAGAGGGAAUGGCAGGAUCGUUGACAAGGGCAUUGAAUUUGAGCAGGUCGACCGAGAAAGAGACUGGGACGACCAAAUACUGUUCAAUGGAUUAAUCUUCUACAUCGGAGCGAUGACACUUGCCGGAGGUUCUCACCUGCCGAUGUGGAGAUCUGACGGUGUAAUAACCACAGCUUUGCUUCAUAUGGGGCCGGUGGAGUUCCUCUACUACUGGCUUCACAGGGCACUUCACCAUCACUAUCUCUACUCCCGCUAUCAUUCUCACCAUCACUCCUCCGUCGUCACUGAGCCUAUUACCUCUGUGAUUCAUCCAUUUGCAGAGCACUUGGCGUACUUCGCACUGUUUGCAAUGCCUCAAUACACAACGGUGUGGAUGGGGACGGCAUCGGUCAUGUCACUCGCUGGCUAUGUGACAUUUAUCGACCUAAUGAACAACAUGGGGCACUGCAAUUUCGAGCUCAUUCCUAAGUGGAUCUUCUCAUACUUUCCCCCUCUCAAGUACCUUAUGUACACCCCCUCGUUUCACUCAUUGCAUCACACACAGGUCCGGACUAACUACUCCCUGUUCAUGCCUUUUUAUGACUACAUCUAUGGAACAAUGGAUAAGUCCUCUGACAAACUUCAUGAGACGUCGCUUGAGCGAGAGGUGGAAGUGCCCGAUGUCGUGCAUCUAACCCAUCUUACGACUCCCCGGUCGAUCUAUCAUCUACGGGUGGGAUUCGCGUCUCUCGCGUCCUGGCCCGACCAAUCAUCAAGAUGGUAUCUAUGGUUGAUUUGGCCUGUGACUCUAUGGUCCAUGAUGGUUACUUGGAUCUAUGGGCGCACUUUUGUGGUUGAGCGGCAUCUCUUCAGUAAACUCAAAUUACAAACUUGGGUAAUUCCAAAGUAUAGCCUUCAAUACUUCAUGCAAUGGCAAAAGGAGUCCAUCAAUGGUCUGAUUGAGAAAGCCAUUAUGCAGGCAGAGGAAAAGGGGACCAAGGUUUUGUGCUUGGGUCUCUUGAACCAGGGAGAGGAGCUGAAUGGAUAUGGCGGGAUGUAUGUGGGGAGACAUCCUCAGCUCAAAGUGAGAGUAGUGGAUGGGAGUGGAUUAGCAGUGGCUGUGGUGGUCAAUAGCAUUCCUAAAGGAACUGUCCAAGUCCUCUUCAGAGGGAGGCUCACUAAGGUGGCCUAUGCCAUUGCUCUUGCUUUGUGCCAAAGGGGAAUCCAGGUGGCUACACUGCAUGAGCAUGAGUACAAGAUGCUGAAGAAAUCAUUCAAUCACAAGUGCGACAGUAAUCUGCUUCUCCAAAGUGGCCGUGCGCCAAAGAUAUGGGUAGUUGGAGAUGACGUAACGGAAGAAGAUCAGUUGAAAGCACCAAAAGGGACACUAUUCAUACCCUACUCGCAAUUCCCUCCCAAAAAGUUGCGAGGCGACUGCUUCUACUGCCACACACCAGCCAUGGUCGUUCCUCCGUCGCUUGAGAAUAUGCAUUCUUGUGAGAACUGGUUGCCACGAAGAGUGAUGAGCGCAUGGCGGGUCGCAGGGAUACUCCAUGCAGCAGAAGGGUGGGAGGAGAAUGAGUGUGGCUACUCCAUCACCGACAUCGACAAAGUAUGGCAAGCUAGUCUACAGCAUGGCUUUCAACCUCUUGGCAUCCCUGCUUAUGUUACACAAGAGCUGAGUUAGAUCUAUCUCGAUUUACAAUAAGCAUGGACAUAUCUGUGAUACCAUGCAACGCACAAUACA